UUCAUGCAGUCUACUCUUGUGUUCUUUUUCCAUAUGCUUCUCCUAUUUCCAUCACUUCCAUUUAGGAUCUAUACUCCUAGAUUCUUGCUAUUAUCAUGCUUAUGUUUUAAAACAAAAACCUUAGUACUACUAACAAAUCUUAACUUGUGAUAAAUAUAAUAAAAAAUAGUAAUGAAUUUUUGUUUGUUUUUCUCUCAGCAACAACAAUACUACUACUAUAUUCAAAUUUGCUUUAUCUUCUUUUUCAGUUCUUCUGCUCUUCUACUGGUCCUCUCCUAUUUUGUGUCGUUUUUCUCCUCAAUUGUCGUUUUCUUCUUUGGUCCAUCAAGCUGGUUUUGCAGGACUCUUCAUUCAAUGUGUCGUUUUAUGAUUGACAUUAUUCCAUGUAGAAAGUUCUUUCUUCUUCGCUGCUUCACUUUGGAGGGAAAACAAUCACAUCUUUUGGAUUCUAACUAAAAAAUGUUUUAAAUGUGUUCUUUUUGUUAGUGAACAAGAUUACUCAAAAAAUCAAUGAUGGGUUUUGGGUUUUGAGUUAGAACACUAUUUGGAAGACAGGUUUUGAAGAAGAAAAAAAGAGUUUUUGGUGUUUUUGUUUAUAGUGAAACUGUGAAGUUGAUUUUGCUUGUGUUUUGUGUUGGGUUGUAAGGUGUUGAGGAAAUGAGUGAUGAUGUUAGUGUGAAUGGUUCUUCAUGUUUAGCAAUAACAGAGAAGAAGAAGAACAAUGAAAAACAAAGUGGUGGUUGUGUUGGUAUUUUCUUUCAAUUGUUUGAUUGGAAUAGAAGAUUCACCAAAAAGAGAUUUUUCUCCAAGAAACUUCUUCCUCCUGCUGGUGCAAAACAAGAUUCUAUGAACAAGUUUAAAGGAGAUGACAAAAUGCCUAAUUCCAAGCUUCAUUUGAUUGCUAAUGGGAACAAUGGAGGUUUCUCAAAUGCCAUGGAAGGAGGAAAUUGUGUUAUAGAGGUAGAGCGAAAACAUGAAAUGAAAGCUCCGAGUAUUGUAGCUAGGUUGAUGGGUCUAGAAUCAAUUCCGGCUUCAAAGAGAGAUCAUAAGUCCACGAAAUCUUCAUUUUUUGAUAGUGAUGAUGGUGAAGAGUCUUUGGAAAUCGGAGUUGCGAAUGCAUGUCAUGAUUCAAGGCCUCAGAAGGUAAGGAAAACCGGAGCGAAUGAAAGAAGAGCCAUGACUAGGUUUGGUGCCGAGGCAUUGCAAAUCAAGAAUGUUUUGUCACAAGUGAGAAAGUCUAAUCAUCAUCAUGAUAACCAUCGCGCUAAAUUUGUUUCGCCUUUGAAGAGUCCGAGAGUUUCUUCGGGAAAGAGUGCAUCUCGAAGCUCAAGGUUGAUAGAAGCAGCUACUAAGAUCUUGGAACCUGGCCUGCAGGCUACAAGCAGAUCCAAAUACUCUCUUACUUGUCCUCGUAAGAAUGGCAUUGUCACGGAUACGGUCGGAACUCGGGCGGAAGCUAUACCCAACCGAUCGUGUUAUAAUGUUGGCAUAGACAAGUCAUUGGUGGAGCAUACUUGCAAAAAUUGCGGUAAUUUGCUUGACGUCGAGAUCAGCCAACCUAUUGUUUCAGAUGUUUUCCCCGGCUUCUCUUCCGAAUCAGUGCAAAAAGGAAGAUCAUUCAAUCCUUCUCACGAAAACGAUGUAGUUCUUCUCAGAAGUCGAGAGAAGAUCAUAACUCUUGUUGAUGAAGAUGUUAAAAAGAAUGCUUAUUCUUGUAAUGAAUCUACUUCGAAAAGAAUCCACGAUCAUGCAAAAUGUGAUUCAUCACGUCAACCGCCCGGAGGCUUAGAGGAUAACGACUACACAUCAUCUUUUAACUUCGAAUGCAAAACUCAAACACGAGAUCGAAUGUUAAGUGCUGAAAGAAUGGCUUUUAGAUUUGAAGCUAGAAAUAGUAAUAUGCAAGUGAAGAGAGCUUCAUCAGCUGCAACUGCAAGCACUGUGAGUGGAAGUAAAGACUUUGUUGGUUUGAAUCGAAGCCUAAGUGGUCGAACUCGGAUAAGGUCUCCCACCAAGUUGGACAGUUGCAAAUUUGAUCUUGACAGGAAAAAAAGGACCUUAAAUAUCUCACAAGUUGGAGGUAUAGCUUCUGUCAAUUUGGUUACAUCGAAACAGAGAAAUGUUGGUUCAAAAGCGCAAGGAGGAAAAAGGAGAAACUUCGAAGCUUUCUCUCCAAACAGUUCUAAUGUCAAAUGUAGAAAAAGUGGUUAUCAAAAAAUCGAUAAAACUAACGACAAUAAGAUCAAUAAGGUAGAGACAAGAAGUGCUAAUGAGAUUAAGACUUGUUUCCAAAGACAUCAUUCACCCUUGAGAGAAGAUGUUUUAGGUGCUUUUCUAGAACAGAAGUUGAAAGAAUUGAAAUCCAGAGAAAAUGAGAAGUUGGCUAAUGGUGAUCCACCUAGAAGAUCAACUGCGUUGAUUCUUCAAGAAUUGAUAUCUGUUCUGAAUGCAGGCUCAGGGUAUGGUUUUCACACCGGGUCUAUAAAUUGUUCAUACGAUCAACCAGAACGAUUUGAACACGACGUCAAACUUUUAGAUUCUGCAACAUUAUUUAACACAGGGAAGAUAGGUUGUAAGAUAUUGACAGAACUCGAUAACCGAAUUCAUUCAAUAUUGCUAAGCUUAAAUUCUUUUUGGCCAAGAUUGACAAAAAACAAGCUCAGUCAUAUGAAGGAAAUUAUCUUCAUGGCUGAAUUGGUUCUUGGAAAUGUCACCAGGCAAAGUGAGGAUCUACCACAGCUUCUCGUUUCUUGCAUUCUUGUUGAUGAACUCGAAAACAUGGCAAGUGAUGCUAUGCGGAGAAAUUUUAACCGAAGCCAACUUAAGGGAUUUCUAUUUGAUUGUGUAAUUGAAUAUCUAGAAUCAAACUGCUGUCAUAAUUUUUACAGAGUAUUUAGUUUAUGGUGUGCAUGGACAAAGGUUCCUUUAUGCAUGAAAGGUGAGAUUUUGGUUGAAGAGGUGAAGAGUGAGAUUAAGAAGUGGGAGUUUAUAGCUGGAAUGGAACCGGACGAAAUAAUUGAUUGGGAGAUGAGUUACUCAUUGGGAAAAUGGACUGAUUUCAAUGUUGAAGCUUUCGAGUUUGGUGUCGAUAUUGAGGAUUAUGUGCUUCAAAUUUUGGUUGAUGAACUUGUUGAAGACUUUGUAGGUUUUAGGCAGGGCACUUUUUGAACUUACCAAAAUCAUGUUCUUAUAACUCCUCUAAGAUGUUCAUUAGAAUAUAUCACCACUAAUUUGUGUGAUAUUUUUUUUGUUCUGAUGUAAGAAUCAUGUUAUAUACAUUGCUGUACAAAUAGAUUGAUUAUGGUGUUUCUAAUAGACGCCUUUGCCCGAAA